AUGUUGUCGGUUGGGAACUCGACAUUUUCCAAUCCUAUUCUACCUGGCUUUCACCCUGACCCAAGUUGCAUUUUUGUGCCUCAAUGGGAUGACACCUUCUUUUGUGCAUCGUCCAGCUUCAACGCUUUCCCAGGAAUACCCAUCCAUGCCUCCAAAGACUUGAAAAACUGGAAGCUGAUUGGCCAUGCUCUCAACCGCCGUGAACAGCUUCCAGAGCUUAUGGAAACAAACAAGUCAACCAGCGGCAUAUGGGCCCCAGCAAUUAGAUACCACGAAGGAACUUUCUAUCUGGUCACUACCCUGGUAAACGACGAUCGACUAGCGAAUGAUGCUUCCAGAUGGGACAAUGUCAUAUUCAAAGCGAAGAACCCGUACCAUCCUGCAUCUUGGUCUAAAGCCAUUCACUUCGAAUUCGAGGGGUAUGACACGUCUCCCUUCUGGGAUGUAGACGGCAAGGCAUAUGUAACCGGCUCUCACGCAUUUCAUGUAUUAGCAAAUCUUGACACGGGCGAAGUCGGACAAUGGAUUACCCUGUGGAAUGGAACAGGUGGGCCCGCACCAGAAGGACCUCACUUGUACCACAAAGAUGGAUAUUAUUACCUGCUUAUUGCCGAAGGGGGCACGGGAAUCCUUCAUAUGGUGACGAUGGCAAGGUCAAGGAGUAUGAAUGGUCCAUAUGAGCCGGCACCGUCGAAUCCACUCUUGACUAAUGCAAAUACAACAAAUUACUUCCAAACUGUAGGUCACGCAGAUAUCUUCCAAGACGCGACUGGAAACUGGUGGGGUGUUGCCCUGUCCACACGAUCAGGCCCCGAUUGGAAAUAUUUCCCCAUGGGCCGGGAGACUGUCAUGACCCCCAUUACGUGGGAAGAAGGGCAGUUUCCCAUAUUUUCCCCAGUGAACGGUGAAAUGGGUGGUUGGUCCUUUCCGCCGAGAAACGUGGAUAUCGAUGGAACAGGGCCAUUCAUUACAGAGGGAGACGACAUCAACUUUGAGCCUGGCUCUAGUCUGCCUGCCCAUUUCACCCACUGGAGAUUUCCAAUUUCCGAGUCGUACACGAUAUCCCCGCCAGGUCACCCAAACGUAUUGCGGCUUGGCCCAUCCAAGUUGAACCUGACUGCAUUGAACGGUAAUUAUGUCGGCCCCGCCGGUCAGACCUUUGUAGGUCGUCGACAGCAAGACACGCUAUUCACCUACAGUGUCAACUUAGACUUCUCCCCAGGCGCAGCUGAGGAAGAGGCCGGGGUGUCGGUGUUCUUGACACAGAAUCACCAUCUAGAUCUAGGAGUAGUGAUGCUACCAGCAAACAGAAGCACAGCACCUUUCCCUGGAACAAACAAUACAGUGCCCAGCGAUCCCACAGAGCUGAUCCCCCAAUUCAGGUUCCGUGCUGAGUCUUUCCUCCCUGUUCCGAGCCCUGCCAUUUUGCCUGUCCCUUCAGCUUGGGUUGGGAAACCGCUACGGCUUGAGAUCAAAGCUAGCAACAUGACGCACUACGCCUUGUCUGCAGGUCCGGCUGGUGCAUUGUCGGAGAUGCAGACCGUUAUGACGGUUUCUAAUGACCUGGUGAGCUGGGGAUUUACGGGUACAAUUCUGGGAGUAUACUGCACCAGCAAUGGCCGGGAAGGAACUACGCCUGCUUAUUUCUCGAAGUGGAAGUACGUCCCGCAAGGACAGUUCAAAAACUGACUUGGCGACUAAUGGCGGAAGCUUGCAGGACAAAGGGCUCAGACUAAUAGGUUCUAACACUCCUCGGAGCGACAUGGCCAACCGUAGUUUGAUGAGAAAGCUGAG